AACCUUUUUUGUUUCCUUUGCGCUUUCCGGGUUUCGCUGGUGGAUGAGAAGUUUCCUGUGUUUGUCGCAGACUCGCAGCAGCCGCAGCCAUGGACUGACACGCUCUCAAACCGUUAACUUUGGGAAAUUGCAGUAACUCGCCUAGGCUGUAGCCUAUGUCUUCUCUUUGAGUGCAAUCGCAAAACGAAGCUUUGCCAUGGCUCGAGAUUGCACCACUAAAAGUCUGGAUAGUAUUGACUUGUCUUCUCUAAGGGACCCAGCUGGAAUAUUUGAAUUGGUAGAAGUAGUUGGGAAUGGAACCUAUGGACAAGUCUACAAGGGGAGACAUGUCAAGACAGGACAGCUGGCUGCCAUCAAGGUCAUGGACGUCACAGAGGAGGAAGAGGAUGAAAUUAAGCUGGAGAUUAACAUGCUGAAGACGCAUUCCCAUCACAGGAACAUCGCCACAUACUACGGAGCCUUCGUGAAGAAGACUCCAGCCGGUCACGAUGACCAGCUCUGGCUGGUGAUGGAGUACUGCGGCGCCGGCUCGGUCACCGACCUGGUGAAGAAGACCAAAGGGAACUGCCUGAAGGAGGACUGGAUCGCCUACAUCUGCCGGGAGGUCCUCAGAGGUCUGUCACACCUGCACUCUCACCACGUCAUUCACCGAGACAUCAAGGGACAGAACGUGCUGCUGACCGAGAACGCCGAGGUGAAGCUGGUGGAUUUCGGAGUGAGCGCCCAGCUGGACAGGACCAUUGGGAGGAGGAACACGUUCAUCGGCACCCCCUACUGGAUGGCGCCGGAAGUCAUUGCCUGCGAUGAGAACCCAGACUCCACAUACGACUACAGGAGUGACCUGUGGUCUUUGGGAAUCACAGCACUGGAAAUGGCUGAAGGUGCUCCACCUCUCUGCGACAUGCAUCCCAUGAGAGCCCUCUUCCUCAUCCCCCGGAACCCCUCCCCCAAGCUCAAAUCCAAGAAGUGGUCGAAGAAGUUCCUGACCUUCGUAGACAGCUGCUUGGUGAAGAACUACCUGCACCGUCCCACCACUGAGACCCUGCUCCGCCACUCCUUCGUCAAAGACCUGCCCAACGAGAGACAGGUGCGCAUCAUGCUGAAGGACCACCUGGACAGAGCCAGGAAGAAGAAAGGGGAGAAAGAGGAGACAGAGUAUGAGUACAGUGGCAGUGAGGAUGAUGAGGAGGAGAUGAACGAGGAGGAAGGAGAGCCAAGCUCCAUAGUGAACCUCCCGGGCGAGUCGACCCUGCGCAGGGAGUUCCUGCGGCUGCAGCAGGAGAAUAAGAGCCGCUCCGAGGCCCAGCGGCAGCAGCAGGUCCUCCAGCAGCAGCUCCGCGACCAGGAGCGCUACAAGAAGCAGCUGCUCGCCGAGCGGCAGAAGAGGAUCGAGCAGCAGAAGGAGGAGCGGAGGAGACUGGAGGAUCAGCAACGCAGGCAGCAGCAGGAGGCGGGCUUCCAGUGGCCCGAGCUCCAGGAGAUGCUGUGGAGGGAGGAGACGGAGGUGGAGGAGAAGGGGCUCCUGGAGGAGCGCCUCCGGCUCUCCGAGGGACAGAGGAGGGCCGACAGGAAACAGGUGGAAGACUUGAACAAACAGAAGAUUGAUGUUGGAGGGAGACCAGGUGGUCCAUUGACAGACCAGCGAAGGCCCCAGCCUGCUCCUCUUCCUCAGCCUCCGCAGCAGCAGCAGCAGCAGCAGCAGCCGCAGGGUAAAAAGUUCCACCGCACGCUGCCCAAAGAUCAGGCCCAGCUGCUUUCGCUUCAGCACGACCACAGGCACAAGCAGAGGGAGCCGCAGAAGGCCUGUAGCGUCGUGCCUAGCUGCCCUGCAAAUAGCCAGCGCAAAGCGAUCGAUGACAGGGGGAAAGUGCCAGACAGCUAUCUCUCCAACCUGAACCGCAUGGCCGCUGGGCUGUAUGUCCAGUCCAGACUGGGCUCCGGGAGCAACUCCAGCCCCUGCACCCCUGCCUUACAGAGGGCAGCUGUGCACCAGAAUGCCAACCUUCGGUCCAGCAGGGACUCCCACCACAGUAGCUCCCUGUCAGACAUGGCCACCUCUCCUGUGUCCCCCACCUUCGAUGAUGUCUUCUGGGAUUUCCCCAGCUCUGAGGAGCGCCCCCCUAAGGUUCCGGAACGUACAACGUCAAAGUUCUACUGUAAGGAACUGCUGAGUCAUCAUAGAACAGCAUCAAGUGGGUUUCCUUCGUCUCCGGUGGAAAAGGUGGGGAAGUCGGGGCCUUCACAUAGCAGUUCCUCUAGCAGCUGCCAGUCAGGAUUCUCCAAAAUGGAGAGUCCCCUGUUGCCAAGCCGACAGCAGCAGAGCAGAAAGCCUCAGGAGUACAGUCCUCUAUCCCCUCUCCAGCACCCGGGAUUCGGGCUCUCCCCGGGGCCCAAGUCGGCGAACCUCAGUCCGUUCCUGAAGGCGACCGAGUACUCUUCCUCCAGCGACGAGCCCGGCAGCAGCGACGAGGAGGAGAGGAGUCGGCCCAUGAACAGCAGGAAGGGGAAGUUCUUCAGAGCGGCCCCCGAUGGAAUCGUCCUGCAGCCCCAUGGCAGCCUGAACCAGCAGCAGAGAGUAGCGGACCUUAAGAGCGGCCCCCAGUCGAGGUGUGCCGGGUCAGAAUUCAAUCAGAAUCACCUUCUCCCUGAUCUCCUACAGAAGAGCCCCCCCUUCGAGAGCCAAGGAUGGCCCCCACGAGAAGCCCUGUACCUCCAGCCCCCUCCCGGCCGAUCCCCUCACCUGGAGAACCCGGUAAACGGGCAGGCGGGAAAGGGCAGCUCCUCUUCCUCUUCCUCUUUCACGCCCUUCAUCGACCCCCGCCUGCUGCAGAUCUCCCCCCCUCUGAGUCCAGUGGGCCACAGCCCCACCGGCUCAAAACCAGAGGCGGUCAGGAGGGAGAACCACAGGAAGGGAUCCAUCGUCAACGUCAACCCCACCAACAUCCGGCCCCAGAGCGACACUCCCGAGAUCCGCAAGUACAAGAAGAAGUUCACCGCUGAGAUCCUGUGCGCCGGCCUGUGGGGCGUGAACCUGCUGGUGGGCACGGAGAACGGGCUGUGGCUGCUGGACCGCAGCGGACAGGGGAAGGUGUACUCCCUCAUCAGCCGCCGCCGCUUCCAGCAGAUGGACGUGCUGGAGGGGCUGAACGUCCUCAUCACUAUCUCAGGUAAAAAGAACAAGCUAAGGCUGUACUACCUGUCCUGGCUCCGGAACAAGAUCCUGCGGAACGAUCCGGAAGUGGAGAAGCGUCAGGGCUGGACGUCUGUCGGAGACCUGGAGGGCUGUAUGCAUUAUAAAGUCGUACGAUAUGAGAAGAUCAAGUUCCUGGUCAUUGCCCUGAAGAACGCAGUGGAGGUGUAUGCCUGGGCUCCCAAACCAUACCACAAGUUCAUGGCCUUCAAGUCCUUCACCGCCCUCCCUCAGAAGCCCCUCUCCGUGGACCUGACCGUGGAGGACGGGCAGAGGUUAAAGGUCAUCUACGGCUCCCUGUCUGGUUUCCACGCCAUCGACGUGGACUCGGGAACGCCCUACGACCUCUACCUGCCCACGCACAUCCAGGGCGUCAUCCGACCGCACGCCAUCAUCAUCCUGCCCAACACCAGCGGCAUGGAGGUGCUGGUGUGCUACGAGGACGAGGGCGUCUACAUCGACACCUACGGCCGCAUCACCAAGGAGACGGUGCUGCAGUGGGGAGAGAUGCCCGCCUCCGUAGCCUAUCUCCAGUCCAACCAGGUCAUGGGCUGGGGGGACAAAGCGAUCGAGCUGCGGUCAGCUGAGACAGGACACCUGGAGGGGGUCUUCAUGCACAAGAAGGCCCAGAAGCUCAAGUUCCUGUGCGAGAGGAACGACAAGGUGUUCUUCGCCUCUGUGCAGUCGGGGGGCAGCAGUCAGAUCUACUUCAUGACUCUGGGCCAUAGCUCCCUCUUCAACUGGUGAUCCCUGGAGCUGCCCUCCCCCAUAAUGCCAUCCAUCGCUCCAGGGCUGACAGGCCGGCCAGGGCCAACGGCUGCUCUUAAUACAACCCAUGCAGAUGAGUCACUCUGAAGCUGAAUUUGUUUCAACAUCACAUGGAUUUUUCUGAAAAUAUAUAUAUUUUCCCCCCUCUUAAAAGCACAAGCAUUUCAAGGUUUGCAGCCAAAAUGCAUCCGGGAUUAGGUUUGUCAAGUUUUAUAUGUGGGCUUCCGAUGGAGAGAGAAAGUAUUUUGCUUUGUAAACCUUGUACUGUUGAUGUAAGUCCUGGGGUAUGACGCCGUAGGCAGCUGGUAUUGCCGUCUGCAUAACGUGUGCAAUAAAAGAAGUACCGUAUUUUAAGCACUAGAUAUAUACCUCAGAACAAAUUUCACACAGUUUCAUUAUUCCAAGUGGUUCGGCAGGUUUGAUUAAGAGAGGGCCCUUGAAAUUGAAUGUUUUGUCCAGUGCCUACAUCCAAAAGUGGACAGCUGUUGGAUGAUCUUGUAUCUGUAAUUACUGUAAAUGCUAGAAAUCAUAUGAUUCAUCCUGUUCUUCAACAUGUCGCAUUGGGGCUUGCUGUUGUUGCUUUUCACACUGUCAUCUCUCUCAGUCAUAAUGACUGUACCAUAGAGCGUGUCAGGGAACACGCAUGGUGUUAUACAUACAUAGCAUUAUGGGAUAGAUUCACGCAGACUGGAUCUCUUAUCCUAUGUGUUGUUGGUGACAAUAGCCUCAAGGCAAUGCAGUAUCUUCAUCAAUUCAGAAAUGUCAUAACAAGACAAUAUAAUUGAUGCCUGACCAGUAUGAUAAAUAACAUUGGUCUCUAUUUCUCUAUUCUGUGGAGGAUGGGGAGUAUGGGGCCGAUGUUUUUUGUUUUGGUUUAUUUUUUUCCCAUCAGGCAUUAAGAUUGAACGAUAACGAACUAAUGGCAAGCCAUGUUUGUAUGGGCAAAAUAGACAGAAUGUUUGUCUGACUAAUAUGGAUAAUUACAAUGGGUUUUACACAUUUUCUCAGCACGCAUGCAUUAAGAUGACUUUUUCAACUUUUCAUUAUCCUCCCAAAAUUCACACUAAGAAAACUGCCCCUGUGUAUUCACAAUACCCGUGUGGAUGACAGAUCUAAUGAUUCAUUGAUGAAGUGGCUUCCGCUUGUCUUGAGGCAAACGUACUGUAUGAGGGGGCUUAAUAAUUACAUUAGCCGUCGCUAGUCUGUGAAUCUAAUAUUACACAUGUCCAUCAGUAUUCAGGAAAAAUCUGCUUUUCAGAUGGUGAAAUACACAUAUGACCUGUCCCAUUGAUUCUGAGAAGGCAAGCAAUAGCUCUAAGCCUGUUCAGAGGCAGCAUAUUGCACUUGUUUUUAUGAAAAAAGAGAAAAUUGCUCCAAUAUGUCUUUCUGUACAUUGGCGGAUGUACAUAUUAUUUGCACUGUUUUUAUAGAUAUUUUAUAUCUACUCGGCCAUCUGCAUGUAUGGAGUAAAGGAGUUUUCAUAAUAUAUAGUCCUUUGCACUAUUGUGAUUUAUUGUACAAUGUCUGUAAGAAAUGCUUUAUUCUAGCAAUUUUUUAAAAACAUAAAACCUUUUAUUGUCUACGUACAUAUUCAGUAUUAUGUAAAUCUGAGGAAAGGGGAGAAAAAUGUAAGUUUAGAAAUGGAUUUUGUACAAGGCAGUGAAUCUCUACACUUUACAGAUUUUUACUAUAAGUAUAUAACAGGCAGAACGUAGUAUUUGAAAUGUUAUAUGACUAAAAUUGAUCUAGAUGAACCUUCCAUGCAUUUUCAUCUGAAUGAGGUUUGAAUGUCAGUAUCUAUGAUAAAAAUGACAUAUCGCUUGUGAAGAAAAUGCAGUUGAACGAUUGAUGAUGGACAUCUAAUCUUCUACCACGGAAAAUAUGUGGGUUUGGAAAAACAAUGUGAAUCACUGCAUACAUUGCAUUCAUUUGAAUCACAUUAAAAUGAUCUUAAAUAUUUCUUAAAUGUUCUUAAUUUGUCGGUCUCAUGUAUAAGCGAAAAGCAGUUCAUAAUUCUCCUCUUGACAAGUAGUUUCUGCUCAGUUUUGGGAUUUCCAAAAUUAUACAAAAUUACUUUUGUAUUUUGCUUUAUGCUGAUCUUUUUGAAGCUGAAUGAUUGUAUUUUUUUUGUAUCCAUCCCCGUCCCAAAAAGGAAAUUCCUGUUAUGCUGUGCUGUGCUGUGUUUGUCUUCACCUCGCAUCGUGACCACCAGGUGGAGCAGAAUGUAAAUGUUACAGUUGUUUUAAUGAUCUUUAUGUUGGCACUGCAGCUGGUUCUGUAAGCAUAUUUAAGUAGAAAAUACCAUUCUCUAAAUUACAGAUUAUUAUUAUUAAUUAACCAUGUACUGUAUUAGCAAUAUGGAUCUUACUUCCAUCUCUCUCUGCAGAUGUAAAUAGAUAAUUGAUAUGAGGUGCAUUCAACUGACAAGCGUAUUACACAGCUCAAAAUAUUAGGUACUUUUUGUGAAAACGUACAGUACAAGCUAUAAUAGGAAUUUAUCUGGUUUUUAAGGACUGAAGUCACAUUUGCAGUCAGCAUGCUUCUUCCUGCAGUUAAUUGAGUGAUUUUCUCAGAUUAUUUUCACCAUUAUUUUAAAUAGAAGCCCUGUAAUCCUAAAGGAAUCUAAUUUCACAAUAAAAGCAGAAUAUAGGCUAGUGGUAAACUACUAAUCAAUAGCUGCUGACUAAAAAGAACAUUUACAUAUUUUCGGGAAUAAAUACCUUUAAUGUAUGAAUAUAACAUGCUUUUGGUGUGAACAGCUGAUGUCAUAACAGAGAGGGCAGAUUUUUUUUCACCAAAUCUCUCCAAAUUGCAUAGGAACUUGUAUUUCUGAGAUUUAAAUGGGUUUUUGUGCAGCAGAGGAAAAGCAAGCAUCCGGUCAAGUACACUUGCUGUGAAACGGCUUUGUGAUACCAUUCGCCUCUGCUUUAAUUCAUUUGAGAUAAGAGGCAUAUCUAGACUACAGCAUGUUUGCAACAAGUUUGCCGGUGUGUUGUUGUUUGCGAUUUAAAGUGUUGUUAUGAUUGAAAUUGUAAGGAACUGCAGGGGGAUUCUAUUUUUUAACUAGUCAUUUGAAAUGAGAAGUGGGACCAGUUUGCCACGUAAUGUUUCGGAGUGAGAAUGGACAGAGCAAGUUGAUGUUGGGCAGGUGCAAGUUUGCAGUGUAGCAGAGCUCUAUGAGUCUAGGAGAGGUCCUCUGAUGUUUGAGAGCCGUUGUCGAGAUGGUUAAUGAGAUUUAGAGAUUUAUGUAACAAGAGCGGUGGCAUUGUUUUGAGAUGUUCCAGAAGGUCGACAGUGUACAUGCCUACCGAGUCCAAUGAAAUGCAAAUUGAAUAAACUGUGAGACAAGUGGAGAGUUUUCUUUCUUUGACAAAUGUCCAUUGUUUUGUAAUUAUUCUUUUAUUUUUUAUUUUUUGGCCUGUGAAAAUGUAAAAUAACAAACAUUACAUACUAUUUACUGUUUCAAAGAAAGUGUAAUUUGAUAGGUUUCUUUGCUUAUACAUUUUUCCCCAGACUAUUUGUAAUAAUGUCCCUAUGAUAUUAAAAGAUAAUCAAUUCUCCCAA